AUGAAUAAGGAAAAGAAGAUAUCAGAAGAACGAUCACAGGCAUCUUCAGGACACGAUGAGUCAGACAAUUCUAUGUCACAGUUCGUACUUGCUGAUAGUACAUGUACCAAAAAUUUACCCACACUGAACAACACUCCUCAUUCUAAUAAAACUGCUGUUGCUAAGCCUGAACAAGCAUCUACAACAACUUCUAAAAGGAACCGGGCAGAAGUACGUCAUUUUGAAACGCCAAUAGCAAUUAAGAUUAAAAAAUGGUUAGUAUCGAUGGUUGCACGCCUCACCAAACAGUGGAAACCUGAAAUGUGCCAGAUGUUAUUCACCGAGAAGGAACUUAUUGAACUAUGUUAUCGUGCCAGAGAAGUUUUCUGGAUGCAACCAACGCUCGUUGAACUUCAUCCUCCAAUAACUAUUUGUGGUGAUAUCCAUGGCCAAUUUUCUGACCUUUUAGCGCUCUUUACAUUGUAUGGUUUUCCACCUGAUAAGCGGUACUUAUUUCUUGGUGAUUACGUCGAUCGUGGUCCAUUCUCGAUUGAAGUGGUCUCAUUACUUUUUGCAUAUAAAAUACUAUUUCCACGUGAUAUUUAUUUAUUACGUGGAAAUCAUGAAUCUCGCUAUGUAAAUAUCAGAUAUGGAUUUUACAGCGAAUGCACCUUAAGAUACUCGCAGAAAUUAUUCGAGGUUUUCCAGUUGGCAUUUUUUUGCAUGCCAUUUUGUGCGCGUAUAGAAAAACGUAUUUUAUGCAUGCAUGGGGGGUUAAGUGAAGAUUUACAACAACUCAAGCAGUUGGAACGGAUUGAACGACCGUGUGAGAUUCCUGAUUUAGGGAUAUUAACAGACUUAACAUGGUCAGAUCCAAGUUUUCAUGUGGAUGAUUAUGAUUACAAUACAAGACGAGGAGUUGCGAGAAUAUUUGGAGUUGAAGCCGUUGAAGAAUUUUGCAAAAUGCUCGGCUUGGACUUGAUUGUCCGAGCACAUCAGGAAGCUUUCAAUUUUUUACUACGUGAAAAUAGCUAUAUAAAAUAG